AUGAUUAGGUUAAAGCGAGUAAAAAGCGUCCCCAAUACAGAAAUAGCUGGAACACCAGCUAUCUCAGCACCAUCUGAACCAGCUGUGGAGUUCGUUCCCCCGACAGAGUACGUCGACAUGUCACGUAUCGCGAUCCGUUCCGUACAGCUGCUCUUUGUUGGAGAAUUGUGCUUUCAUCUGAUUGCAGCAUCGUAUGGGCUGCUCUACACCGAGCUUUUCUUAAUGUUCAAAAAAACCUUCAGCUUAUAUGCAUGGAGAGCAGCGCUGAUUGCUCCAGCAGCUCUAACAUUGGCAGCUAUCCUUACGAUUCGGACCAUAUUUGGCAUCUUUGCAAUAAAGUAG